GGCAACUUAAAGCAUCAAUAUGGCGGAUGCGAUACACUUAUUUACAAAAUCUCGUUGGCGCUAAAACAAUCACAUUGAUUCUUGUAAGAGAAGAAUUUUUUUAUCAAUUCCAUUGUAUACUUAUUAAAAUAUGUUAACGUUUUAAAAACUUCUAUUAAACUUUGAUCAAACUUUCAAGGGCCUAUUUAAUUAAUAUAAAAUAAAUACCGCUUUUACUAAAAAUCUAAAAUGUAACUAAGACUAUAAAAAUUGUCCUUUUUUAGUCUUACUUUAAGUUUAAAUUUUUAGUAAAAGCGGUAUCCGGUAUUUAUUCAGAUUCAGUAAAGAGUACAAAAGACAAUAAAGUAGAAAGUUAAAGUAAGUAAGUUUAGUAAAACUAAGUCUUUGUUACGCUUAAUUAACCAUACUCAGACUCAGGUCAUACUGUAACUGUAAGACUCAAGACUACAGCUAUAAUCAUUUAUAUCUAUAAUCUACAUCUGGGUACUAAUACUAAUAAAAAUAAUUUCUCUGAUUGUAUCGGUUGUGUCAAGACUCAAGUUGUGUAUUAAAAGUUACAUUAAUAAUAUAGUAAUAGUAAAGGCUAAGCAGAAGCUAAAAAUCUGAAGUUAAAAAAUGUGUUUGGCUUGCGCAUUGGAAACUGUUUCCCUUUAUUAACUGUUCCACAGAUUUAUAAAGAUGAAAAUUAAUAAAGAUCUUUUUAUAUUUUAAAUUAAAUUGAUAACGAGAGCCAUUUCCGACAGCCUAUUUAUUUUUUUUGCGAGGGAGAUAACUGGUCUCAACUCACAUAUUCAUAAUUUAAAAAUUAUGAAAUGCAUAACAUUAUUCAAAAAUUACUAUUAUUAAUGAAAAAAGUUAUUCCCAUUUGUGAACAUAUGAUUAUGAAGUAAUAGCACGGCUAUUUAAAUAACAGUUAAUAAGUUGCUGGUCACAAAAUUCAACAUAUGGCAAAAAUGGUGUCAAAUUUUUUUUGAAAUAUAUAUGAGCUCCACAUCACUGAUGACAAGAUAAUUAAAUAUUAGAAAAUGCAACAAUCACCGAUCAGCCAGACCCUAUUUGGUCACAAAGGUUUUUGCUUCAUUUUUGACUAGCAUGAACCAUGUGCGCAAGUGAGUUUUGUGGUACCUAAUUAAGGCAUGCAUUUGGCAUGAUUUGGGAACAGCCAUAAAAACAAAAUCAUACUUAAAAACUUAAAAAAUAUAUUUAUUUGCAUCUCAUAUUCUGUUGGCUGUAGUUCAUUGUAAAAGAAGAUUUUAAAUUUGUGUUUUAAAUUGCUUAAUACUUAUAAAUCCGGCAUCAUUUGCACCAAUUAUAAUAGUUAUAAUAUUAUUGGUAUAGUAUCAUAAAUAAUUAUAAUUAAUGCUAAAUUUUGUAGUUCCCCUUUCAAAAAAUGUUUCAAGUAUAACAUUUUCGUUAUUUUAAUCCUAAGAAUUACUUUGGUAGUUUCAGAUUGAAAUGCACAAGAAAAUAAAAUUUAAAAAAUGUCUGCUAUAUUCACAACAUCUACUGCAGCUCAAGAUCCUGGAAUAGGACCAAUGAAAAGUGAAGAAGUCAAAGAAAGGUAGACACAAAACUUCAAUCAUGUUAUUGUUAAGUUUUAAUGUUUUAUUACAGUAUUUAAAAAAACAACAAUAUCACAUAAAUACAAUCAUUUGUAGAAAUGUUAAAAUUUCUCAUAAUCAUAUGUAUAUUGUAACCAAUGCGAAUAAAACCAAACACAAUUAAAGAUUUGUCAUAGUAUUAAGAUACUAUCAUAAAACAUAAUGACAAAUUGAUGACACUUUCACCCCAUCCCCUCCAUAUGCUUUAUAUUUAUGGAUGACUCCAUAUUCAUACAAUAAAUAAACCAACAAAACAAGAUGAAAUUUUACAGCCUGUAUUAAAAUAGCUUAGCAUUAUAAAAUAAAAAAAAAAUUAUAAAACCAUUAGUCUAAAGCUAGCUUUAUUGUUAGUAUUUCUAAAUUGUACCUUAAGAUCAGUCUUUCUUUAAGGACUUGGCUAACACAUCUUCAAAAUGCAAAAUCUGUUGAACAGUGCCAUACAAAAAUAAAAUUACUGGACUCACUAUAACAAAAAUAAAAAUACUGGACUCAAUAUAUCUCACAUCUGCCACUCUAGUCCUACUUAACACCAGGAUAUGGUGGUGAAUGAUUUCCAGGUCUUUGGUGCUGUCAAUUUUUUUCAAAUUGGAAGAGAAUCACAAUGCCCCUAUUUUUGGAAUUAUCUGACUCUUGUGUAUGUGACCCAGCUUCUACCAUGGAUUACUUAGGCCCCUCUGUAUGAGUUAGACUUAACGCCUCAGACAUGCUGUCCAUCCACUUGAAAUGGUCUCAACAUAUUUUAAUAUUAUUGAUAAUUUUGGUUGUUGCUGGGUUGCCAGGGCAUGUGUACAGAGAAAAUAUGUCCCCACCAACUGGGAAAGGUGAAGAUAAACCUGGUCGGAUAACUCACUAAAUAGCAACAAUGUAUUGGUACCAUUUGUAUUUAAGCUAAACAUUUCUGAUUCAUUAUUAGUGUGAUAUAAAAAAACAAUGACAUUUUAUAGUUACAAAUGUUGGUUAAUCUCGCUUUAGGUGGGAUCCCAAGAUCCAGGGCUAGCACAAAUAUAACUGGAAUUUCAAUAAUAUACAACGAAUAAAGCAUUAUGUUAUAUGCACACGUAAUCUCAAUAGAAGCUUAUGUUAUUAUUGAGGCUCAAGUGACUAUUACAUGAUGUAAGGUACUUGUGAAAGUGAGUUGGGUUUAUUCUGGUUAAAGAAUCUAUCUUCAAACUAAGUUUAUGAAUGUGUCACUUACUUUAGUCAUACAAAUAAACAUACUUUAGUCAUACAAAUAAUUUUAGUUUUUGCUUUGAUUUAAUUACAUGUUAUUUUUAAUAAUAUUAUAGGAAAUCAAUACCAAUGGAAGGAAAACUAGAAAACAGACUUACAAUGAAAGACUUGGAGAGACUGAGGAGUUCAUUCAUGGUAUGAUAACUGUCUAUUCACUAUUCAAAAUUGUGAUUCACAUUAUCUUUUCAGUUGCUUGAAGGAAAAUGUAUCAUUUCUUAAAAAAAAAAAUUAUAUUUUCAUUUAGGUUUACUCUGUGCAGUCCAAAAAUUUUGAGAAAAACCUAUUGUGGCCACAUAUUGUUCAUACAAUUAAAUACUUUACUUUUAAUAAAGCUGUAAUUAUAAAAGUUUCCAUAGCAGCAUAUAGCCUCCUAAUGAAAUUAAAGUCAUUUUUAUUAAUUUUGAUUCGCAUUGACAUUAUUAACCUCCAGAUUUUAAAAGAAAAUUUGACCAAAAGCUACUCCCGCCAACAUAUUGGUACAUUUAAUAUUUCAUUUUUAAAGUAAUAAAGCUAUUGUAAUAAAAUUGUACACAGUAACAGAUAGUGUCCAGAUCAAAUUUUGCCAGGUCUCAACUGCUUAUAAAGCUACUGUUUUUGCCUUGUGCAAACCAUUUUUUAUAUUUCUUUGUACCUUCAGUUAAGAUCUAUAACUCUGGGGAACCAGGGAAGUAAUAACCCCAGUUGUAUUGUGCUAUAGAGAAAUUGGCAUUUUUGACAGAUAGGAAAGGGGUUCAAGCUACCCUUUUUUAUUUACAUUUAGUUUAGAAAUAAAAUUAUUAUUAUAGAAAAGAACUUAUUUUUUAAAACGUUAUGUUGGCCAUUUUGUUAUGUGCUCGACAUUCCAAUUGAGGUAGGUGCUUAAAUGGAGAAAGAAAGAAAUUUAAGCCCAAAAUGAUCUUACAAAACCCGAAAUUGACUUAGAUCAAUGGAUGACUUCCGAAGUGAUUCUUCAGAUGAAUGUCAAAAAGAGGAAUAAGAAACAUUGGAUGAAGAUGUGGAUGAAAGGAUAAAAAAAGUUCAACCUAAACUAAUAAAAAAUUUUAAAUCCAGUCUGAAUAUAAUAUUUUACUUUUCCCUUAUAUUUUUUGUUUUUUUAAUUUUGUUCGUUAUUUCAGUUUUCACGUUUUUCAAUAAUUUAGGUAACAUAUAACUUUUUUAUUGAUUAUCCAAACCUCCGGAAAUAUUUCGUGGAGAUGUUCAGUUAUCAACAAUAAACAUUUGGUUGACCUAGAAUUAAGACAGCUCUCUUAGAAAAGAAAAUAGUUUAAAGAUGUCACCCAUCCCCCUAUUUUUCGAAAACAAAAAAAAUGGAGUAACUUUUUGUGACCCUGUACAACUAGUUAUCACAUCAAAAAGUCACAUAUUGUGACCCUGUAGAUUUGUAACUAAUUAUUAAUUUAAAAAGUUGUGUUAUUUAAAGAUUUGAUAAAUGUUAAAUUAUGUUUGUUUAAAAUUGGCUGGCAAUAACAUCAUAGCUGCAAAAAUCUUAGUGUUUAAAAGAAAAAAAAAGAAAAUGGUGGAGGUUUUUAUGGGUUGGAAAGGCAACCUAUGGAAUUUGUUUUCUAAUCUGCUUUUUUUACAAUGCCAAAGAAAGUGUCAGUAAAAAAUUCCCAUUUGAAGCCAAACAAAAAUUAUAAUCCAAAAUCCUUAAUCAUAUUGUAUCCUAUAUGAUCAUCAUUCAUUUCUAAACAAUUAAAUAUCUAAUUAUGGGUAUUAAUCAAAUACUUUUAUAUAAACUUCACUUUUGUGUGUGUGUGUGUCUUUCUGGCUGGGUAGCAAAACCUUCGAAUGGCUAAUUGACAAAUUUCCCAUUAAUCAAUUGAACUGAAACUUGGGAUAGAGACUUGAUGCUGACGACUACACAUUCUUUCAAAUUUUCAGCCCCAAAUAACCAAAAAUCAGUUUUCCUAGGUUUUUUUCAAGGGGAAGAUGAAGGAAUUAUGAUUCCACUCAUUUCAUGAAAUAAAUUUCUAGAUAACUCCGCUAAAUGAGAUUCUUAAAAAUCUCACAAGUGCGUUUGGUGUGUAAUAUUUUCUAUUGUUUUUCUGAAACAGUUAGUGUAAUAAAUGGGCCGUAUAAGAGGGGUUGGGUAAUUAGAAUAUUAUAAUUAUAAAUUGAAAUAAUUAAAAAUGCAUUUAAAGGAUUUAUACGGAAACUUUGUUUUUAGAGGUUGAUUAAUUUAUGGUUUUCUAUGGCUUGAGAUGACCACUGGACUGCAGUGAGAUGACCACUGCACUGCACAGAGUUAACUUAAAUAUUUACUUUUUAAAUUAAUUUUCUCAAAGUAAUGGAAAGUUAUGGACUAGAAAUAUUUAGAUGUUUCUUUUUAAAGAAAAUUUUUUAAAAGAUACAACCAAAAACAUUAAUUUUUAGAAACCAAUAAAUUAUAAGUUUUUCAGUUGUCCUAUUUGAUGACUUUUCAUGACUAGUUAUGACAAAUGUUAUCAGAUUCAAGGGGAUGGCUAUGAAAAUAAACUGAGUCUUUCCAAAGAUCAGUUUGGUGAAGCCUUGUCGCUCCUCCUGAAGAAAGGAACAAGGGAAGAGGUAAUUUGAGUUUUUAAUACAUGUUUUCAAUAAAAAAAACAAUAUCAAUUCUUACAGACAAAAUUAUAAACCACUUUUACAUACCUGAUAAUAUAGCCUGACAUCAACUUAGUAUUUAAGAUGAAUUAAAUUUAUAAAUAAUAUGUUUUCAUGCAACUGUUAGUAUGCAGAGCUGUUUGACAAAAUCGAUGUUGCAAGGGAGGGAACUGUGGACUGGGACAGUCUGGCAUCUCACAUGCUGCUAGAGUUUUAUGAAAGAGAUGACAGGGUCAAGUCGACCCAGGUGCCCCAAUGGAAGGACAUAAAAGUUUUACCCAGGUGGAGGAUGAUUGUUAAAAACAACAUAACUAUUUAUUUGUAGAUUUAUGUAUUUAUGGUUUGUGGAAGGUGGGUGUGUCUCCUUUUAAAUAAGUUAAGUAUUCAUUUUAAUGAGAAAUGUAUUUCAUCUUUAUCUUCCGUUCAAAUGAUGAACAUUUAAGAACAAUAAAUUAUUCUUAAUUAUUGUUUCAUCAUUAGUAAAUGUACAUUAAAUAAAAAAUGUACCUGUAUUAAGAAUAUUAUCUUAUCUAUUUCAAUAUUACUUGUCUUUUCCUUCUCAGUCCUCACAAGGAAAUAGUACAGAGAGUUGCAUUUUUGAAGAAUACUAACAGAUAUGUGGCUAUCAGCAAGGUGAUUACUUUAAAAUAUAUCUUUAAUAUCACCAGAAAAUAAUAAAUUCUUGCAGAAUGCUUCCAUCUAUUGAACAAAAUUGGUAAUUAUUUUUAAAAUUGUGAAUUGUUUACACAUAUCACCUUCAAGUGAGAGCUGGAUUUUAAAAAAAAACAACAAACUCUAAUCUAUUGCCACCUUCACUGCUUUGUCAAUGUUGUUCUUUUUUGUCAGUUUAAAAUGUUUCAUUGAUGACAGUAAAAAUGAAUUUUGUGACAUGACCAUGUUGCCAGGAAGGGUGUGUAUCUAUGUGGGGAGCUGACCUGAAGCCGCAGAGAUCUAUCAAAACUGGGACAGAUGCCUGCAGGAUGAGGGAUGUUUGGGUCACUCACUUUGCCCCACUUCAGAAUUUGAACAAAAUAGCAUUAGCUUUCACAAGCAAAGAAAUAGGUAUGAAUGUUUUGAUUACUCAUUUUGCCCCACUUCAGAAUUUGAACAAAACAGUGUCAUCUUUCACAAGCAUGGAAAUAAGUUUACAUUUCCAAAUUAUAGAGAAGAAAACUGUAGCCAUUCAUCAGAAAAACAUAAUAAAUUUAAUUUAAUCUAUAUUUUAAUCAUUUUUAAAACCAUUAAUCUUAUAUCUUUUGGCAUUGAAAACUGUAACUAAUAAUUAAUAUCUUCUUGAAAAAAGAGGUUUAUUUUUAAUUGACAAGAAUAUUUUGAGAUUUCAAGGAAAUGCCACUACCUUAUUUCUCUUUAUUUGUUUUACAGCUAUCUAUGACUUGAGCAGUAAACUAGAAUUUAGCUGCCAGUACAAAGUUCAAGGUUUAAAGUUCACACCCUUAUGUUUGGAUUACUGGUGAAAAGUCUUCAAAACUAAUGCUUCUUUUAAAACAAAAUUUCUAUGAAUAAUUAUUAUGCUGUUACUGGUUUUUCUUAACUUACCUUAAAGUCAGAUAUAUUUUUCUCAACUUAUAUUAAAAUAAGAUAUAUUUUUCUUAACUUAUAUUAAAAUAAGAGAUAUUUUUCUAAACUUCUACAAAGAAAGAGCAGUAGAGACGCUGUGAAUCCCUUAUUAAUUAGUACUUUGUACAAUUUAGUGCAGCCGUGUCAACUGAGAAAGGUGUAUGAAUCUGUGAAAACACAAGGUGUCAGUGUAAAUAAUAUAUGAGGGAGAUCAGGACAACAUAUUCUUUCUUGAAGUUACUUUCAAUAAAACUAUCAACUUAUGUUUAAACUGGCAAUAAAAAUAUCAAAUUAUGUUGACACGUACAAUAACACUAUCAAAUUAUCUUGUUCACACUGACAAUUAUUAUUCAGUCAAAUUUCUUUGAUUCUCCUCAGGUACAAUCCUAACAAUGUCAAUGAUGCCAUUCUUGUGUGGGGGGAUGUUGGUGGCUAUGUCAACAUCCUUUUCUUCAACUCAGCCAACAUUGCACUUUUUGAGAGGCCCCCAGCCCCACCUGGGGAGAAACAAGGUAUUGUUAGAUUUGUCAGAGUUUUGUCCCUUCUUACUUUAUUUCAAAGUGAUGAUUCACUGUGUUUGAAAAUUGUGCCUCUGAUUUAUUGUAAGAUAUAUGAUGACGAUGAAAAAGUCUUCAAUUGAGGAAACUGAUGUAUGGUUUUAAGAAAGAAAAAAGUGUGCAAAGAUGUAUUUAUUUAUUUUUUUAACUUCGUUGUAAUGAAUAUUUCCGAUGCUCCUCACAGAGAUUGCUGGGAAAUUAGGUUAUCACAUUACAUUAUAGCUACAUCAAUUAAAUUAAAUUAGCCACAAGAAACAGCAACCAAAUGUAUUCCUUAUGAUAUGGUAAAGAUGUAGUUUAUGUGAUUGGUAAAGAUGUAGACCAUAUGAUAUGAUCAAGUUGUAGUCCAUAUGAUAUGUUCAAGUUGUAGUCCAUAUGAUAUGAUCAAGUUGUAGUCCAUAUGAUAUGAUCAAGAUGUAGUCCAUAUGAUAUGAUCAAGAUGUAGUCCAUAUGAUAUGAUCAAGAUGUAGUCCAUAUGAUAUGAUCAAGAUGUAGUCCAUAUGAUACAGUGAAGUUGUAGUCCAUAUAAUAUGGUAAAUAUUAAAUUGUGCCAAACAAAACCCUCAAAUGUUUUGGCCAGAGCCCUUCUUCUUCUUCUUCUUCUAUAUCUUAAGGGCCCACGAUCAAUUUUGUUUUAAAUAAUAUAUUUCAUAUAGGUCUAAUUCCUGAUCAAGCAUCUUUUAUUGUAUUUUUUUCUCUUCUUUUCUAGUUUUUUUUUAAAUUUAAUUUUUUUGUUUUUUGUAAACAUUUUAAAUUUUUGUCAGCAAUCACAUCUGAAGAUUUUAAUUUGGCCUGGUUCAAAAUAAAACAUACCUUGUACUUGCCAGAUUCCAGUGUUUUACUUCUGGGUUGCAGUAAUAGACUCUAUAGAAAUGUCAUUAUAUGAAGGGUUGCAGUAAAGGAUUCCAUAGAAAUGUCAUUAUAUGAUGGGUUGCAGUAACAGACUCCAUAGAAAUGUCAUCAUAUGAAGGGUCACAGUAAUAGACUCUAUAGAAAUGCCAUUAUAUGAAGGGUUGCAGUAAAGGAUUCCAUAGAAAUGUCAUUAUAUGAAGGGUUGCAGUAAUAGACUCUAUAGAAAUGUCAUCAUAUGAAGGGUUGCAGUAAUAGACUCUAUAGAAAUGUCAUUAUAUGAAGGGUUGCAGUAAUAGACUCUAUAGAAAUGUCAUGAUAUGAAAGUAGCUGUAAGAAGCUUAAAAUGAAAUGUUCAUGAAUUAGGCCUGCUAUUUAACCAUGCAUGAUUCUGUUUGUCUGUGGUGUUAUUUCUGCAAUUUAAAAGCAUUUAAGCCCUUUACCCUCACUUCAUAUUUGAAGCUACUGCCAAGGGACACAAUUGAAUUGCCAUCUAAUAUUUUUAUUAUCAUAUUUCUACAGUUUGGGAGCGUGAGUGAAAUAACACUUUUAUUUUAGUUUCAUUUCUCCCACCAUUUUCACAUUUGUUGUCUUUAUUAUUUACCCUAGUCCGGUGGUUCUCAACCUUCUUAAUGCUAAAACCCUUUAAUUAAUACAGUUCCUCAUGGUGUGACGGGCCCCAGCCACAAAAUUAUUUUCAUUGCUACUUCAUAACUGUAGAGCAUAUGUGUUUUCAGAUGGUGUUAGGCGACCCCUGGGAAAGAGUUAUGUGACCUCUAACGGGGUUACGACCCACAGGUUGAGAACCGCUGCCCUAGUCCAUUCAGUGGUCAAGCCUUUAGAUUUUUUUAUCUAGGAUUCUAGAUUUCUUACAAAUAAAUUUAAAAGUGACACAGUUUUAAUUUUUUAAAUCACAUUUAUUUAUUUUUUUUCAAUUUUCCCAAUAAUUGUUUAAUAUGCAUUUUUAAUUAGUAAGUACACAAUUAUUUUUUUUUCAUCAUUGCAGAAACUGUUAUUUUAAAACAAUAUUUUAUAGACAUAUUUCAUUUAAAAAAUCAAAAUGUGGCUUCCCAAUCUGCUUUAUUGUUUGUAAAUAUUUUUUGUCCCUGCUACGCAUCUGAAGUGUUUUCCCCUGAAUUUAAAUAUUAUUUUAGCAAAUCGAAAAUCUAAGGGGACUUUGUUUUAAUCUCUAACAAUCUGUUUACAAUUACUUGGAGUUUUCAUUGAACCUAAAACAUUGCUUUAUUAAUAAAUAAGUAAACAUUGUCACAUAUUUGUGUAAAAUAAAAUUUUCUUUUAAAUUAUACAUGACAAGAUAACAAUGAGUUCAAUUUCAAAUAUAAAUUUUUUAAACCUUUUAGCCUUAGGCUUUAAUCCUAGUUAUAUAUUUCAAAUGGAAUCUUUUUAAAGAAAUUUAUUUAAGUGAUUUUGCCAACUAGAAUAAAAGUUUUUAUUUAUUAUUUAGCUAGUUUGUUUCAUUUUUGUUUUCAUAUCAAAUAUUGUAAUUUUAAUUAUUCAACAUUCUUAGGAAAGUAAGUCAUGCAAUACAUUCUUCGUAAUGUAAUGAUGCAGCUUAUGCAAUAUCACUAACUUUUUAUAAUUCCUUUGCUAAAUGAGUAGUUGAAAAAUGAAUAAGAACAUAUGGGUAUUUUCAAUACUUUAAUUAACAAUUAAAUGUGGAAAAAUAAACUGAUAACAUGCAACAUAUAUUAUUAUGGGCACAUUCAAUACUUAAAUUUAACCUUUAAAAGCGGAAAAAACAAACUAAUAACAUACAACUUAUGUUAUUUAACCAACCAUCUAAUUUUCAAAAGUAGUUUUUUUUUUAAUUUUAAAGAAAAUUUAGUCUUCUACAUUUAUGAUUGCUCACAUUAUUGUUUUUAAUUUUAAAAAUCUAAAAGCUAAACAAACUCCAAUUUCUCAGAAAUGUUAUUUAUCAUUUACCAUUGCUGUUCACUAGAUUUGAUUAGAUUUGAUUAGAUUUGAUUAGAUAAGGGGUCAGUUUCCUAUUGUUUUUUUUCCCCUCAAAUUUAAACAAUAUCAUUUAGCAGCUAGCAGGCAUUUACUGUUUUUUGAAUGGCUAGAGGAAUGGUUAAUCAUCAUGAUUUAUUUCAGAUGAGCUGAACAAUGUUUACAUUAUUUUUAUUUAGGCAAGUCAAAUAUUUUGCAUUAAAUUUGUCCAAAUUAUGGGGAAAUGAAAAGUAUAUAUCUCCAGUAAUAAGGCGUUAGACUGCCCCCUUUCUGCUUUGGUGCCAUUUAUCCCCUAAGUAAUCAGGGAAUAGAGAGAACAUUCACCUCCAAGAGUAGGGCGGUAGAGGAGCAGGGCAUCAACCAUACCCUCUUUAAAUGCCCCCAUAGGCAAGUUAUGGUGGAAGCAGGGCAUCAGUGAUACUUUCUCUACAUGCCCCCAUAGGCAAGAAAUGAUGUUGAUAUUUUCAUAAAACCCAAAGAUGGGAUAUAUUCUCAAAAAAACAAAUGCCCCCAAUUUAUUGGUCCUUGAUAAAAAUUAUUUAAAACAUUGCUACGCCACAGCUUACUUUUAAUUCUAUUGGUUACCUUGGAGAUAUUCUCAUCAUGUUUAUUGUUCUAGCCUUGUGAUGUUUCAAACUGACAAAAGAUGAUUAUUUUAUGUGCUUUAUGUUUAUUUUUAUAUUGUUAUGCUCGGCAAUCAUUCAAAGACAUGACAUCCCUGAUUCAAAUCAUGAUACCUAUUGCUUUAAAUAAUAUGAUAUUUCUCUCAGUGGAAACUGUUUUGGAGGUUCCACUAAAUGACACAGUUCAAUUUUAAAUUCAAAUCAUUACAAAUUUUGUUCUAUAUAACAAAAAUAAAUUUGAGAAUUCAAAUAACUUCUUGGAGAUCAGUCAUUAAUUAUAUAUGAGUAGAAUGGAUUUUAAAAUAAUUUUUUUUCUUCUCUUGUUUGAAAUAAAAUUUAGUCAAUAUAAUAAUUUUAUAUAGUAUAGAUCACAAUUUAUUGCAAACAUUGAAUAAUAGGAAACUCAGUUUAGAUCACAAUUUAUUUCAUACAUUCAAAAAUAGAAAGCUCAGACUAAAUCACAGUUUAUUGUAUACAUUGAAUAAUAGAUAACUCCGUGUAGAUCACAAUUUAAUGCAUACAUUAAAUAAGAGAUAACUCAGUCUAGAUCACAAUUUAUUGCAUACAUUAAAUAAGAGAUAACUCAGUAUAAAUCACAGUUUAUUGCAUACUUUAAUCAUAAUGCAUAAUUUAAUUUUGUUUUAUUUUUAAAGGACAAUAUGAAUUUUUCAUUCAACUAAAUAAUUUUAACAUAAAUUGUUUUCUAUAAAACUAAAAUGAGGAUUAUCUUUAACCUAUUUAAUCAGUUUAGACUAAGUUGUUAAAUUUUGUUAUAAUCAACAGAACCUUGUUUGAACAUCCAACUACAAGACAUCGUCUCGGGGAAGUAUAAAAAUGCAGCAUUCGCAAAAUACGAGGCUCAUAAUGAGAACGGCAAAGGAGAAUGGGUCAGAGGAGGUUAGUGCUGCAUAUUAGAUUAUAUCUCAUAUCAUAGUUUGUAAAUGAUUCAAAUAAUAAUUAUCUUUUGCAUUUACACACAAUUUGUGUAAAAAACACGCUGCUAACUAUUCAAUGGAAUUAUUUAAAAUCACAAAUAUAAAUAAAGUUGAAGCAGAAUUUUUUUUUUUUUUUAAGACCAUCAACGAGUUCUGUAAAAUGUGUCUCCAUUUCCUCUUUAAAAAUGUGAAGUUACGAAAAUAAGGCACAAUUAAAUAAAAACUAUGAUAGACUAUAUCUUAUAGCUUUCUGCUAGUUGUGAUGAUUACAUCAAUCUUUUUUGAAUCAUCUUCUAAAUAUAAAAUUUCCUGUACACUGAAACAUCAGUUUUUGAAAAGAAUAAUUUUUUAUCAAUGUUUUAUUUUGGUCUAAAUGAUUUAAAUCUCUCAAUAAAUUACCAUUAAAAAAAAAAUAAUUUUGGCAACUGAACACUAUUUGUACACCUGCAACUUAUUUGCCUCAUCAUAAACUUCUUUAGUUUCUGAGUUUUAGAAGAAGAAGAUAUUGCUCCUACUGUUGAAAGCUAAAAUUUUUAGACUUGUAUCACUUUUAAUAAGCUUGGCAUUAUAACAAAUUAUAUUAUGGGAGCUGGCAUCACUUUAAAAUGCGAAGCACAUUUCCAAGAAUUCAUUGUUUUUCGUGUUGAGAUGCAAUGCACAUUUCCAAGAAUUCCUUGUUUGUCUUGUUGAGAUGCAAUGCACAUUUCCAAGAAUUCCUUGUUUGUCUUGUUGAGAUGGAAAGCACAUAUCCAAGAAUUCAUUGUUUGUCUUGUUGAGAUGUGAAGCCCAUUUCCAAGAAUUCCUUGUUUGUCUUGCUGUCUUCCCCAGUUCAUUAUUCCCAUUACUUGGAAUGUUUUAUUUCCUGUGCUACAACCACAACCAACGCGAUGGUCAUUGGUUGGCUGGUCAAACAUACAAGUGUCAACCAAAAUGUCAAGAUUCUCAAGCAAGUUUUUUUAAGAACUAUUUUUUUUAAAUCAUUGGGAAUUUCUAAUUGAUGAGUUAAUUUUUUUUUUUAAAGAAUAUGGAGAAAAUUGAUAAAGCCUUAUUUUCAGUGUUGAAGAUUCACAUAUUUAAAUCACCUAUAUUCUUAGUUCUUCUGAACUAUUUGAACCUACAAAUAAUUUAAGUACCUUAUAUUAAUUUGCUAUUGAAUAAUCUAUCCACCUUUAUUAAAACAAAAAUUAUAUUGUAUAUUUUGCUUUUCUUGUUUCCAGAGGAGGUCAAGUUCCAAAGAAAGAAAUACAAAAAAAGUAAAUUAUAAAGACUGCAAAUUCGAUCCAUUUUUCAGAUGCAUCAUUACCUAUUCUAAACUUAAUGACAUUGCUAAAUGUUAUUUGUAUUAUUUUAAUAGGCAAAGCAAAGUGUAAAAUCAAUAAAAUUCUCUUUUUUCUUAGUCCAGGGAAAAAUUUAAAUGGCAGUUUAUGAAAUGAAAAUUUACAAUUGAAAUUAAACCCUAACCCAGUAAACAAUUCAACCCUAACCCUAAACCUAACCACUUUUAAAUCCCUCUCAGCCUUCUGAAAAAAUGAAUAUUCAAAAUAGAAGUUCUCAGCCUGAAUUUUCAAAUACCAGUAUUUAACCUCUAACAAAUGUUUUUUUGAGACUAACAUUUUUUUAUGUGGUCCACUAAAUAUAUUCAGGUUCGAAUUCAACAUUUCUCAGGGUGUGAAUGCAUUUGGUUACAGUGAAACAUUAAAUUUAAUUGGUAAGUAUUGUGAAAUAGAUCUUUAUUAAUAAGAGAUGAAAAGACAGAAGAAACCAUUAGACUUCGAAAACACAUGUUAUUCAUAUGACUAAGAAUGAUGUACAAACAGAAAUGAAAGAAAAAAUAUGGGCCGUAAACAGGGCAUAUUUCAGUCAUUUGUCACAAAAUACUCAAAAGUAAAAACAGUAUAAGAAAAAUAAAGGAAAUUAUUUAUAAAGCUGUUAUCAGACUUGUCAGAAGACCUAUUAAACACAUGGGAGAGAAAUGUUCUCUGGUGAAUUUUAUGGACCAACAAGGGAUGAAUAUGGAUGAUAAUAUGAACCAACUAUGAAUUUUAUGGGUUAUAUCGGGAUCCCACGCAGGCUAUGCUGAGUGGGACACUUAAAAAGAAGGCCCAAUGACAAAAGGAAUAAAGAGGGUAUAACACCAAACUCCAGAGGAAAACAGCUGGAAGCCUGGCCAAGGCUAGGAUUAGAUGAAUAGAUGAUGUUGAAAUAGAUCUACACUAGCUGGGAGUCCAAGCUGUUAGUUCUGUGUGGAAGGAAGUGGUGAGGCAGGUCAAAGACCUACAUGUACUCUUGCGCCAAAGGAUGAUUGGAUCUUUACUAUAUGUGAUUUAGAUGAAUAUGGUGUUUGCUUAUACACAAUAAUUAUAAAUUGUUAAAUGCUACAAGUUUAUCUCAUAGUUUUAAGAUUAUUGGCUAUAAAAAAAAAAACAUUGUAUAGAAUACUAUACAGUAUAAAUAAUUCAGUCAUUUUUCUCCCACCCACAAUGCAUUUCUUUUGUGUGUUUGUGACUUCAUACUUGUAUUUCUUUUUUUUAAUACAGCCACCGCUGGAGUCAACAACCAUGUCUGUCUCUGGAACCCUUAUGUAGUCUCUAAACCGAAUGGGGUAAGCUCUGUCUCUGGAACCCUUAUGUAGUCUCUAAACCGAAUGGGGUAAGCUCUGUCUCUGGAACCCUUAAGUAAUCUCUAAACCAAAUGGGCUAAACUGUGUCUCUGGAACCCUUAUACAGUCUCUAAACCAAAUGGGGUAGUCGUUUCUGUGCAUAAACUUCAACUUUGAUAUUUUUUUGUUACUAGGUAACUUUUUUUUCGAGUUUUUAAAAUCAUAAAUUCAUUGUAAUCUCUUAAAUUGAUAAAGUCACAUGACAUUUCAACAUCUUUGUGGACAGGGUAUAACUUGUCACAUACUGUUUAGGUGUUACGUGGUCACAUGGCCAGUGUUGUACAAGUCCAGUUCAUGACAUCCAGGAAUCAGCUGAUCUCUUUCUCAAAGGAUAAAGUUUUGAGGAUCUGGGAUGUCCAGCUACAGGUGUGCAUCCAGCGCUUGGCAGGGAUGUUCCCAAAAGGACCAGAAGGUCAGUAGACAGGACCUAAUUCAGAUAAGUUAGAUUUUUCUGCUCUCAAAAUUUCAUUUACAGUAUUUCGUCUUGCUUAGAAUGCUAAACAGUGCCCUUAUAUGCAGUGAUAAUUUGUGUAUGACGGUUCUCAAAAGGUGUAAUGUGGAAAUACAUAUUUUUGUAUUAAUAAUUAAUUCCAUUAUUUUAGUACAUUAUCUUUCUAUAAUGUUAAAAUAAAUCAGUAGUCAUAAGUUAGUGUAAUAAUAUAAUUUCUAUGACACUAAUAAAUAUUGUAUUGCAUUUCUGUUCUAAAGCUAGAAUUAACGUAAAAUGUCUUUCCAGUGCCCACCAUGUUGUUUUUUGAUGAUGGUAAGGAGAGGACCGGUCAGGAGAGGAACCGACUUUUCAUCACUUUUAGCUACCAGAUAACUCUGAUGGAGAUGAAGACAGAGAUCAAAGACAGAGUUGUCAGCCAUGAGAGGCCUGUGGUCACAGCUAUUUAUAACUCAUUGUACAAUCAGGUGGGUGCACUAGAAAUCAGCAGAUUUGUCAGCCUGCGGUGCACUAGAAAUCAGCAAGGUUGUCAGCCUGUGGGUACACUAGAAAUCAGCAGAAUUGUCAGCCUUUGGUUACACUAGAAAUCAGCAGAUUCGUCAGCCUGUGGUGUGGGUGCACUAAAAAUCUGCAAGGUUGUCAGCCUGUGGGUGCACUAGAAAUCAGCAGAUUUGUCAGCCUGUGGGUGCACUAGAAAUCUGCCAGGUUGUCAGCCUGUGGGUGCACUAGAAAUCAGCCGAUUUGUCAGCCUGUGGGUGCACUAGAAAUCAGCCAGGUUGUCAGCCUGUGUGUGCACUAGAAAUCUGCCAGGUUGUCAGCCUGUGGGUGCACUAGAAAUCAGCAGAUUUGUCAGCCUGUGUGUGCACUAGAAAUCUGUCAGAUUGUCAGCCUGUGGGUGCACUAGAAAUCAGCAGAUUUGUCAGCCUGUGGGUGCACUAGAAAUCUGCCAGGUUGUCAGCCUGUGGGUGCACUAGAAAGCAGCAGAUUUGUCAGCCUGUGGGUGCACUAGAAAUCUGCCAGGUUGUCAGCCUGUGGGUGCACUAGAAAUCAGCCGAUUUGUCAGCCUGUGGGUGCACUAGAAAUCAGCAAGGUUGUCAGCCUGUGGGUGCACUAGAAAUCUGCCAGGUUGUCAGCCUGUGUGUGCACUAGAAAUCUGCCAGGUUGUCAGCCUGUGGGUGCACUAGAAAUCAGCAGAUUUGUCAGCCUUUGUGUGCACUAGAAAUCUGCCAGGUUGUCAGCCUGUGGGUGCACUAGAAAUCAUCAGAUUUGUUAUCCUGUGGGUGCACUAGAAAUCAGCAGAUUCGUCAGCCUGUGGUGUGGGUGCACUAGAAAUCUGCAAGGUUGUCAGCCUGUGGGUGCACUAGAAAUCAGCAGAUUCGUCAGCAUGUGGUGUGGGUGCACUAGAAAUCUGCAAGGUUGUCAGCCUGUGGGUGCACUAGAAAUCAGCAGAUUUGUCAGCCUGUGGGUGCACUAGAAAUCAGCAGAUUUGUCAGCCUGUGGUGUGGGUGCACUAGAAAUCUGCAAGGUUGUCAGCCUGUGGGUGCACUAGAAAUCAGCAGAUUUGUCAGCCUGUGGGUGCACUAGAAAUCUGCAAGGUUGUCAGCCUGUGGGUGCACUAGAAAUCAGCCGAUUUGUCAGCCUGUGGGUGCACUAGAAAUCAGCAAGGUUGUCAGCCUGUGGGUGCACUAGAAAUCUGCAAGGUUGUCAGCCUGAGUGUGCACUAGAAAUCAGCAGAUUUGUCAGCCUGUGGGUGCACUAGAAAUCAGCAGAUUUGUCAGCCUGUGGAUGCACUAGAAAUCAGCCGAUUUGUCAGCCUGUGGGUGCACUAGAAAUCAGCCGAUUUGUCAGCCUGUGGGUGCACUAGAAAUCAGCAGAUUUGUCAGCCUGUGGUGUGGGUGCACUAGAAAUCUGCAAGGUUGUCAGCCUGUGGGUGCACUAUAAAUCAGCCGAUUUGUCAGCCUGUGGUGUGGGUGCACUAGAAAUCUGCAAGGUUGUCAGCCUGUGUGUGCACUAGAAAUCAGCAGAUUUGUCAGCCUGUGGUGUGGGUGCACUAGAAAUCUGCAGGGUUGUCAGCGUGGGCGUGCACUAGAAAUCAGUCGAUUGGUCAGCCUGUGGGUGCACUAGAAAUCAGCAGAUUUGUCAGCCUGUGGUGUGGGUGCACUAGAAAUCUGCAAGGUUGUCAGCCUGUGGGUGCACUAGAAAUCAGUCGAUUUGUCAGCCUGUGGGUGCACUAGAAAUCUGCCAGGUUGUCAGCCUGUGGGUGCACUAGAAAUCAGCCGAUUUGUCAGCCUGUGGGUGCACUAGAAAUCAGCAGAUUUGUCAGCCUGUGGGUGCACUAGAAAUCAGCAGAUUCGUCAGCCUGUGGUGUGGGUGCACUAGAAAUCUGCAAGGUUGUCAGCCUGUGGGUGCACUAGAAAUCAGUCGAUUUGUCAGCCUGUGGGUACAACUAUUAAUAACUCUGUACUAUCAGGUGGGUACACUAGACCUCUGCCGCUUGAGAAAAAUGCUGUGCUAAUGAGAUGUGCAUCAGACAGGGACCAUCUAAAAACCUAGUGUCACAAUGAGUCACAAAGCUGAGAGGAGUGAAGAAAAGUAUUUGCACAAUGAGAUGUUUUUGUUGCUUUUAUUAAAAAUUUAAAUUGCCUUAAUAAAAAAAUUGAUGUCAAAACAAUUUUAAUUUUUAAAUAGGUUAUCAGUGUUUGCCAGGCAGGGACUCUCAUAAUGUGGUUUGUGGACACUGGUCAAAAGGUCAAACAGUUCAACAAUGCCCAUGGUAUUUCUGAGGUAACCUGCAUGACGCAGGACCACACAGAGACCCGACUUUUCACAGGGAGCAUAGAUGGAACUGUCAAGGUAAGGACAGCGGCAUGUAUUUGGUUGAACUGUUACACUAGGACUACACAGACAAAACUAGUACCACACAGGCACAAGACUAGGACCACACAGAUGCAAAACUAGGACCACACAGACACAAGACUAGGAUCACACAAGGACUAGACUACUACCACACAGAAACCACCCUUUGGCGUGAUAAGACCAGAUAUCAUACUAGGACCACAAAGAAACUGGCCUAGAACACUAAAGAGAUGAGACUAAGACCGCACAGACACCAUACUGUGACCAUACAGAGACUAUAAUGUGACCUUACAGAGACCACAUACAGACCACAUAUUUGCUUAAUUCCAGCAUUUCUUCUUCUGCUCCUAAAGAUGACCUUCAACUUAUUUAAAACAUUUAAACAUAUGAAGAACACUAUUUAAUUUGAAAACAAUUCUAACUUUCACCAAAAGUGAUUCUGAAACAUCCUUAGAAUGUUAUUGAAAAUUUACAAAACUUUACUGAAACAUGAUACAUUCUUUGCAUGUUAUUGAUAAUUUACAAUGCAUAAUUGAAAUAGUCUUAGAAUGUUAUAGACAAUUUAGAAAACAUAUUUUAAGAUAGUUUUGGCUUUAUCACCCAGGUGUGGGAUUUCAAUGGUCACUGCUAUCACACCUUAGAAUGUGCUGGUGGUCAGCCUGCAGACAUUGGUCAAGUGUUGAUGUUGAAGAGAAGUGUGGUUGUAGUUGGCUGGGCAAAGUGAGUUCUGCGUCUUGGAGAUGUGAUCUCAUAAAAAUGGCUGUCUACCUUACUUCGCACAUUAGUGGCCAAACAUGAUAACUUAAUUUAGCUGUAAUUUUAAUAUGUAAAUAUAACUUCAAUUACAAUGCAGGGCCAGUAAAUUAAAUACAUGAUCUUACCUUGAAUGUGAUUGCAUGUUUAAGGAUGUGGGGUUUUUUUUUUCAGAACACUGGCAAUAUUCAGAAAUAGUGCAUUUAAAGAGUUCCAUGUACAGCCAGCUGAUUGGAAAGGAGGGCAGGUAAUUUGAACACAGGAAAUAGAGUUAUGGUACUUGUAAUAACUGGAACCAGUCAGCACUGGAUCCAACCAUAAAAAUGACAAUGUUCGGUUAUUAGCUCAUCUUAGAAUUAUUUUAUAUUGUAAAUUAAAGUCAUCACACUAAGAUUAAAGUAUAUUUUCUUCUCAGAGAUGUUUUUUUUAAAAACACAACACCAAAAGACAUUUUAUUAGUACUACAACAACAAUAAAUAUGUUAUAAGUAAUUCAACACCAAUACGUGUGACAUAUUUUAUAUCAACGUUGAUGUCCUACAGGAGCAUGUUGAGGACAUCCUCUGCUGUGCAUUCUGUGCUCCGACAACUCUUGCUACGGGCUCCUAUGAUGGUGAGAUUGUGAUAUGGAACACAAACUCGGAACACGCUUCUAGACAUUGUGCCCAGAGGUCACGGCGAGGGCUGAAAUCAAGGGGCAGAACUUUCAUAAAUUCCAUGAACAAAGAAGUGAGUGCUUGCUCUUUGAUGUAAAAACCAAUGUAGCUAUGCCAGGAACAUUUCAUUUUUAAAACUAUGUUGUUAAUUUUAUAAACACGGAACAAAUUAUUAGCAGUCUCUGCUUUUUAAAACAAUUUGCAAUGAUUUUUCCAAAGAGAUUAAGAAACAAGAAGUUGAGAAUUUUUUGUUGUUGAUUUAAAUGACCUUUGACCUUUAAAGAAUCAGUGGGUCAUUGUAAAUUUGCAAUAUCUAACUUUUCUUUUACACAGUAGUAAAAUUUAUCAUAGCGUCAUCUUCCCAUAUCACAAGAAUAUAUAUUUUAUUUUUAAUGAUUAAUUUAUCAACUCAAAUGGACUUAAAUAAUAAUACGUUGUAUCUUUCUUAAAUAAAUUAAUAGCUUAUUUGUCUAGUAUAGCCUAAAGUAUGGCCUUAGAUAUAGCAAUAUGUUUAUUCUUGUAUUAUUGCCUAAAAUGUGGUGUUAGAUAUAGCAAUAUGUUUACUCUCCUAGUAUUGCCUUAAAUAUGGCAUUCCUAUCAUUCUUGAAAGUAAUGCAUAAUUGGAACUCUUAUACUCUUAUCUCUCUUCAGCUUUCCCUCCCAGCUCAAGAAGGUACUCGUCUUAGUCUGCAGUCAACAAAAUUUCCAGAACUGUCAAAGUCCAGAGUAUCCAUAGUGGCUGAGGACAAGACAAAACUCAGGUCUGCCUUGGGUAGAAGGUCAGCCACAAGACAGUCUGUUAGCCAGGGAAGUUCUGAGGACCAGGUCAGUGGAUUACAAUUUGAAUCAGUUUUAUAAUUAUUGCUAAAUUGUCAUUUAAAAAAUAAAAAAUUCAAAUUCAAAUUAAAUAUAGUAAAGAUGAGAUUAAUCUAUUAACUUCUUAAUAAAUUUUCUUUUUAUAACUAUUUAAAGAUAAAUGAAUAAUUCUAUGGGCCAACUUAUGGGUAUUUUGGUUUAUUUUAAAAUUAUUUAAAUUAAAAAACAGUAUGUUUUAUCAAAUAAUUUUUUUGGUUAAAUUAUUUUUUUAAAUAGGUCACAAAAUUACCAUAAGUAGGUCAACUUAAGUUUGUUUUUUUUUGUUAUGACCACCACUUUGUAAUUAAUCUACAAAAACACACACAAAAAAUAGUUGCGCAAUGAGGAAACUUACCAUCUUAAAAAUUUCUUAUUCAACUAACAUGCUAAGAAUCCCAAUUAGAUCUAACAUCCCGAAAUUUUAUUUGUAUCUAAUUUAUAAAAAUAAUACUUACCUAUUAAAGAUUUUAUAUAUUUUUUAUAACAAUAAUUAUUUUGCCAGAUUUAAAUUGAUUUGAUUUCUGUAAAAAAAAAAAAUUUCACUAUCAGUGUUUUUAGAAAUAUGACUUGUAUCUUGCGCACCUAUUGAACACAUAUUUACAGCCUCUUUAGUGCACUUUUGGGGAAGUGUAUUUUUGGCGCUAUUGAACAGUGCAAUACAGCUAUAGAUACAUACAUACAUACAUACAUACAUACAUACAUACAUACAUACAUACAUACAUACAUACAUACAUAAAGAAUUACUAUUUGUAAAUUAUUAUUGCUAAAUUUUAUGUAUCUGAUGAUUGUCACUUUUUCCUUUUUGUCUGAAAGAAUGAAUUUGGUUGGGCGGUGGUUAGACUUGCAUUUCUUGACAAUCGGCAAGGCAACAGUGCUAGUGGUGGAGGCAAUCUGGUUUCAUGUGGCGGGAACGGUUGGGUGCGGUUCUGGAACUCAACGAAAGGAACAUUGAUCGCAGAAUUUGUCGCACAUCCAAAUGGUAAAUGUUAUUUUGUGGGAUGUUUUUUGAAUUGUAUUUGUAUUUUGACAAGUUCUCAUCAAAUGUUGACCUUUUAACUUUUACUUUAAACAAAUGUGUUUUAAUACAAAUAUGUUUAUUUUUUUAAUUUCUUCUCAUCACAAUAGUCUAUUCUUCUGUAACUUUCUAAUUUUCUAUUAAAAGUAACAGUUAGCUAGGUCAAAGAUUGUAUUAUAAGUUAAUAGUACUGUCAUGAUACAACAGUUAAUUUUUUCCUGCCGCAGCUGGAAGUAUUACGAUAAUACAAUUAAUAAUAGUUCUGUUCCCUAACUGGAAUUAUUAUCAUAAUAAAAGACUUAAUGUUGUCACUCUCCAUCUGCAACUAUUAUCAUGAUACAAUAUUUUAUUUUGUCACUCUAGCUGCAAGUAUGAUCUUGAUACAAUACUUAAUUUUGUUAUCCCCAGCUGGAAGUAUUAUCAUGGCGACUGACCCCAAAAAUAAUCUUAUAGCAACAGCUGAUGUUGACGGCUUUAUCAAAGUCUGGGAUAUUGAGAAUUAUGGCUUGAGCCAUGUGGACGAGCCAAUUACAGAGCCACCACGUAAUAUGUUCAAAUGUGAAACUUACUAAUAAUAAUUAACUAAUCAACCAGUGGAUAUUAUUUACCAAAAUGUACUUACGUGGUUGGAUAUAAAUUUGCAAUACAAUACUUAACUUUAAGAAAUUUUUUAUAAUAUUUUGUUUAAAAAAAUUGUAAUGAAAGCAUGAUCAAUUUAAUACCAAAAAAUAAAGAAGGGAAUUUUAAAUUGAUUAAAUUAAAUUAAUACUGUUUGAUGGUUGGGGAGAUUGGUCUGUCUGACAGUAGAUUUUUAUCAAAUGUCCACUCCCAUAUAUGUUUUAAAAAAAGGGUCAAGCUAAAGUUAAAUAUCCUGAGCCAUGGAUGCCAUUUAUUGAGCCAUGGUCACCAUCUACUGGGACAUGGACACCAUCUACUGAGCCAUGGGCGCCAUCUACUUGGCCAUGGAUGCCAUCUACUGAGCCAUGGACAUGAAAGUUGCAAAAAAUCUGUCCCAAUGAACUUCAAAUGGAAAACACAAAAAAAGCUAAUUCUAAUCCAAAAAUGUAUCUGCCUCUCAAAAAUGUAUCUGCCUCUCUUUACAAUUUAUUGAUGUUAUCCCCCUUCCAGCUUUGAAAUCCCAUUUCCAACCCCAUCAAGACCAGAUCAACUCACUGGAAAUGUUUGAGAGACAGGAAAGGCUUCUCAUUGUUUCCACCUCAUCAGACUGCAGUGUGGCAUUGUGGGACAUAUAUGGAAAUAGAAUUGGGAUAUUUGGACAGGUAGGAUAAAGAGUUGUUUAAGCCAAUGUCAGUGUUAGCAUUACUGCUUCUCUAGUUGUAUAAUUUCAUCCGGCUUUGGUCAAAUUUUAGGAAACAUAUUGGGGACACAUGUUUAGGACACAUGAUCUCUUGGAGUAAUUUUAAUACAGGAAACUAAUUAUAGUCCUGAACAAAAUUUGUAUUUAAUUAAAAAAAAAAUAUUUUUUAUAUUUCAAAAGAACCAUGUUUUUCUCUAUCCAGGAAGAGCAUUGGAAAAUUGAGUCCCAUCAACCAACUCUGGAAGUUGAAAAUGGCCCCAAAGAUGAGGUGGGUCUUCAAAGGAUUAUCUGUUAAUGGUGUGAAAUGGAAUAUCUGGCCAUUGAAGAGCUCUAUUAGUGUUUGGCCAGGUUUGGCAGUGUUGCCAGGUUGGUUGUGUUGCCAGGUUUGGCAGUGUUGCCAGGAUGGUUGUGUUGCCAGGUUUGGUAGUGUUGCCAGGUUUCAUUGUGUUGCCAGGCUUGGUAGUGUUGCCAGGUUUGGUAGUGUUGCCAGGUUUGGUUGUGUAGCAUAUUUUACUCUAAUCUGCAAAAGUAUGUUAUCUAUAAAACUAUUUAUAAAAUGAAUUAGAGUUUGAGCUAGCUGUUCACCUUUAGAGAUUCUUUCGCAGAAAACUGAAGAUGACACUGACCAGGUCAUUGAAAGAGAUGCAGACAUCCAAUGGGAACCAGAUGAGCUAGCCAUUACCGACCCUUUACAUUACCGCAUCAAUACAUGGGAGACUACUGUUUUAGGUCAUAAUUUAUAAUCUAAGUCGAAAGUUGUCAUUUUAUAGACUUAAUAAAAAAACAAUACUGCCACGCCCAUUCCUACCAUCAUUCCAGUGAAACAUAUGCAAUGCCAUUCCUACCACAAUUCAAAUGAAAUAGAUGCAAUGCCAUUCCUACCAUCAUUCCAGUGAAACAUAUGCAAUGCCAUUCCUACCAUCAUUCCAGUGAAACAUAUGCAAUGCCAUUCCUACCAUCAUUCCAUUGAAACAUAUGCAAUGCCAUUCCUACCAUCAUUUCAGUGAAACAUAUGCAAUGCCAUUCCUACCACAAUUCCAAUGAAAUAGAUGUAAUGCCCAUUCCAACCAUAAUUUCAAUGAAAUAGAUGUUAUGCCCAUUCCUACCACAUUCCAAUGAAAUAGAUGUUAUGCCCAUUCCUACCACAAUUCCAAUGAAAUAGUUAUUAUGCCCAUUCCUACCCCAUUCCAAUGAAAUAGAUGUUAUGUCCAUUCCUACCACAAUGCCAAUGAAAUAGAUGACCACCAAAUGUUAUAAGUCUGAGCUACAUCUUUAAAUAAUCUUUUGUAUUUGGUGCAAAAAUAUUAUUCUAAUACAUUAUAACCCUUCCAUCAUAGCUCUUUUAUCAUUGCAAUUCCAUCAUAGCACUUACAUUAGAGAACUUCCAUCAUAGCACUUCCAUCAUAGCACUUCCAUCAUAGCACUUACAUUAGAGAACUUCCAUUGUAGCACUUCCAUCAUAGCACUUACAUUAGAGAACUUCCAUUGUAGCACUUCCAUCAUAGCACUUACAUUAAAGAACUUCCAUCACAGCACUUCCAUCAUAGCACUUACAUUAGAGAACUUCCAUCAUAGCACUUUCAUUAGAGAACUUCCAUUGUAGCACUUCCAUCAUAGCACUUACAUUAGAGAACUUCCAUCAUAGCACUUCCAUCAUAGCACUUACAAUAGAGAACUUCCAUCAUAGCACUUACAUUAGAGAACUUCCAUCAUAGCACUUCCAUCAUAGCACUUACAUUAGAGAACUUCCAUCAUAGCACUUACAUUAGAGAACUUCCAUUGUAGCACUUCCAUCAUAGCACUUACAUUAGAGAACUUAGGACUUCCAUCAUAGCACUUACAUCAUAGCACUUACAUUAGAGAACUUCCAUUGUAGCACUUCCAUCAUAGCACUUACAAUAGAGAACUUCCAUCAUAGCACUUCCAUCAUAGCACUUACAUUAGAGAACUUCCAUCAUAGCACUUCCAUCAUAGCACUUCCAUCAUAGCACUUACAUUAGAGAACUUCCAUCAUAGCACUUCCAUCAUAGCACUUACAUUAGAGAACUUCCAUUGUAGCACUUACAUUAGAGAACUUCCAUUGUAGCACUUACAUUAGAGAACUUCCAUUGUAGCACUUACAUUAGAGAACUUCCAUUGUAGCACUUACAUUAUACAUACAAUUUUACCUAAGUCAUCUAUAUAUGUGUUCUUAACAAAGUGAUCAUUACUCUCCUUAUUUUUAUAUCAGUAAUAUCCUCAGUAACUUAAUCAGUAAUCUCAUCAAUAAUAUCACCGAUAAAAUAUCAUCAGCAAUAUCAUCAAUAAUUUCACCAGUUACAUCAUCAGUCAUUUCAUCAGUAAUUUAAUCAGUUAUAUUUUUUUUCUAAGUUUAAAUAACAUUUGGAUGUUACUUAACUGUCUCAAAUGUUGCACGUGAAGAUGACAAAACUUGAAUCAAUGACUGACUAACUUGAACCAAUGGCUAACUAACUUGAACCAAUGACUGACUAACUUGAACCAAUGACUGACCAACUUGAACCCAUGGCUGACCAACUGAACCAAUGACUGACUAACUUGAACCAAUGACUGACUUACCUGAACCAAUGACUGACUAACUUGAACCAAUGACUGACUAACUUGAACCAAUGACCAACUCAUAUAUUACAGGUAAAGAUUACAAGAACCUGAGGGUACAGAAGCGUGAAAGACGUCAGCCUGGCACCAUACCAGAUCUUCCGUAUCUCCACUGGGAAAGAACGGGGGCUCCACCGGCUGGGCCUUACUCAGUGAGUGGUUAGGGUUAAGGAAAGAACAGGGGCUCUACCGGUGCUGGCCUUACUCUGUGAGUGGUUAGGGUUAGGGAAAGAAGCGGGCUCCACCCGCUGGGCCUUCCUCAGUUAGUGGUCACUGUUAAAAUGUUGGAAUAAUUUUAUUUCUCACCUAGCAUCUGUUGAGCUUGUUCACCUCUUGAGAUACAUUUCUUAAAAGUAAAAUUAUUUUUGUCUAAUUUGUCUCUUAAGUAUUUUUUCAGAUGAAAAGUUUAUUGUUUUUUUUGUCUAUACAAUAAAAGUGUAAAUUACGCUAAUUUUGAAGUGACAGUUGCACCAAGGAAACAGGGUUCCAAUUGUAACUGUACUUUCCUCAUCAUAACUUAUUUAAACUACAUUUAUAGAACCCCUAGCUCUACUUAUCUAAAAACUUACUUUAGAAUCUCAAUUUCUACUUAUCUAGAUAUUUGAUUUGACAAUGUAUCAUCUGGAAAUUUUUUUGCUAUUAUUUUAUUUAACAUUUUUGAAAAAAGAAGAAAAAAACUACUUUUAAUUGUCUUCCCUUGUAACCUGGAAGUAGUAUAAAUAGUUUGUUUUUUUUCUGUUAUAAAAACUUUUCACAGGCACUGGACACCAAAGAGUUAAAUCCCCUGAUGCACAUUGUUAAACCUGACCCGGACAAAUAUUUCCACAAAGGACCAGAGGGCUCUGAGCUGUCUGACACCAAGUUGCCUGUCCUGGCAGAAAGUAGGUCAUCACUUUUGUGUUUAUAAUCCACUCCUGCCUUAUCACUAUUCAUUGCCCUCCCAUUUCCCACCCACCCCCAUUUCUUCACCUCCCCACUUCCCCAUUUCUCCUCAUCACCCUCCCCCAAGAGGGACUGCAUUCAAGCCAUGUAUAUAUUGGCCUAUAUAAUAAUAAUUAUUAUUAUGGAGUUGGGAUAUAAAAACUGCACAUUGUCCAUUUUAAACCAAAGGUGAACACUUAAUGCAUAAAAUAUUUUUUUCUUUAAUCAAUAUUCUUACUGUUUAUAUUUGAAGCCCUGACAACAGCAUUUGAUGAGAAGUCGCUGUUCCCUAGUUACAUCCUGGACUUUGAGAAGAAAAUGAAAAACUAUCACUCCAUAGUCCUGAACCAGUCCCAGGUAAGACUGACCUAGUUUCAGAUUCUUCUUUUUUUUGUUUGAUACAUAGGUAACUGUCUACGGCCAAUAUUUUGUUUGGAUUUAUUCUAUUGCUAAAAUUAUGCAAAGCUUAUCACAACUGUUAAAUAAGGAAAGAUAAGUAGAAUUAAAAUGUUAAAGAUAAGUAGAAUUAAAAUGUUAAAGAUAAGUACAAUUAAAAUAAAGGUAAGUAGAAUUAAAAUGUUAAAGAUCAGUAGAAUUAAAAUAAAGAUAAGUAGAAUUAAAAUGUUAAAGAUAAGUAGAAUUAAGACGGUAAAGAUAAUUAGAAUUAAAAUGUUAAAGAUAAGUAGAAUUAAAAUGUCAAAGAUAAGUAGAAUUAAAAUGUUAACAAUAAGUGCAAUUAAAAUGUUAAAGUCAAGUAUAAUUAAAAUGUUAAAGUCAAGUAUAAUUAAAAUGUUAAAGUUAAAGUAGAAUUAAAAUGAAAAGUAGAUCAAUUAAGAUAAAGAGAACAAAAUUAGAGUUUUUUCGUUUUUUCAUUGAUAAGUUAUGGCAAUACAUUUUAAUAUCCGUAAACUUUAAACCAAUUCAGAAGUUUUAAUUUUUUUUGUUUAUUAUUAUUUUUGAAACCAUUUUUUUUCAACCAUAAAAUAAUUUGGCAACUUUCGAAGAAACUUAAACAUGGUAUAAUUAUUCCACAGCCCAAGAACAAGUCAGGAAAGUCUGGCAUACAAAACAAUUCAGUUCCAGUAUUACAACCAGGACGGGCUAAAUCACCAGGCUCGGGCCGUAAAACUUUACACACAAGUGGGUCAGUUGGGAUCAAGCUGCGACCUUUGGUCAGUUCAAGAACCAAUUCUAUUACAACUUCCUUAGCUGGAGAGUGAUGUUUUUGUAAAUAUUUUUUGUCUGAUGAAUGUCUUAAACUGGCGUAUAGAAAUUCAAAUAAAUCUAAAGUGAAAUUAUUUUGAGAUUUGAAUUAAUAGCAAAUCAAUUUAAGACACUAUAGCAGGGUUAUGUUGACCUACCUAGUUACAAUUAGCAGGGUUAUGUUGACCUACCCAGUUACAAUAAACCAGGGUUAUGUUGACCUACCCAGUUACAAUAUAGCAGGGUUAUGCAGUUGACCCAGUUAUAUUUUCUAAUACCUUGGGUAUUUUUAUUUACUUGAAAAUAUUUCAGUAUUGGUUUUUAAAUUGGGGAAAUUUAUUUCCUUAACCACUGAGGAACAUGGAACAACCGGAUUCUCAGAGCAGUUCGCUUUAAAUGCUGCUACGUGAAAACCUAAGGGUUACGCGUAUUGUUAUUUAAGAUUGGCUGACCCGCUUGAUGUUAACAGUGUUCAACUGUCCACUCUUUUGACAGUCUUGAACUGUCCACUGUUCUAUUGGAUUUCAUUUUUGUGAAGUGUUGUAAGUGCUGUGAUAAAACUAAGUUUCCAUUUUGUGUAACUCGCUGAUUUUUUUUGAUUGGAUUAAUUUCAUUCUGAAAAUUUUGAUUGAUGUCAUAUGAAGCAAAGAAUGCAGCUAAAUUAUUCCUUAUUUAUCUACUUAUCUUUCCAUCAAUUUGGCAAUGGUUUUUACUAACCCGUCAGUCAUACAAUAUAAUUCAAUAUUAGCUUUUAAAACUUCUUAUUUUGUAUUUGCAUCUGAGGUGCCUUAACUUUCCCUUGAUAGAUGAACACUUGCAAUAAAAUGAUUACAUUUACAACACAUCCUACUGGCAUUUUAAAACGGUGCAAAUGUUCACCUCCAUCUCAUUGGCUGGCUACUAAUUUAUGUGAGAAAGUUUUAUUGGCCUAAAAGCAUCAUGUGAUCAAUAAAGCAGAUUUCUUAUUGGAGGAUAAGUCACUUGGUUCGUUAGGUGAGGUUGGAUUUUGUUAAUUGCCUUAACAAGAGAAUAUAUUAAGGCAACUACAGACUUAUUUACACUGAUAGAUUUAUAAUAAUUAAAGGUUAACAGCUUAUAAGAUAUAAUACAUUGUCAAAUUUAUUCUCAGAUGUGUACAUUUUGUUGGUUGUAACAUAUGCUAUCUAUUUUGUUUUACUAUUACACUUGAUAAAUGCCUUAAAAGUAGCCUUCUGAUUGACAUCUAAUUGUCUCAAUUUGUAAUGUUGUAAAUUAAAGUUCAUAUUGUAAACUGAAUCGUUGUAAAUAGAUGGUUGUAUACUGCUAACUAUUAAUCAGGUUGCUGUAUCUGUGAUCUAUGUAACAAUCAAGUUGAAAUAAACACGUGC